AUGUCUCCCAUGAUUCCCAACUCGAGCCCCCCGCCCCCAGAGUCCCCCCUAUCCAACUGGCUCCAGCGCAACCGCUUCAGCCAUGACGACUUCCCCCUCGAGGACCUCUCCGCCGCCGUCCGCGAGCAGCACCUCCACAUCACCGUCAUCAUCCCCGGCAAGGAAGUCGCCAGCACAGUCGGCGGCGUGAUCCAACAAGCCGUGCAACCGCUCAUCGACGCCCGCAUCGUCCGCAACGUCUAUGUCAUCGACGCCGCAUCCAAGGACGGCACCGCGACCGCCGCCACGUCCGCCGGGGCGCAAGUCCUCCAGCGCGCGGGCAUCGCCCCCGAACUCGGCUGCAGCCAGGGCAAAGGCGACGCUCUCUGGCGCGGCCUCCUCGCGACGGACGGGGACAUCGUCGCCUUCCUCGACGGCGACACCAAGGACCCCGUGCCGGCGCAUCUCCUCGGCAUCCUCGGCCCGCUGAUCAUGUUCGACCACAUCCAGAUGGUGCGAUCGUGCUACGACCGGCCCUUCCAAACGCACACCGGCGACAUCCUUCCGCACGAGGGCGGCCGAGUCACCGAGAUCCUGGCCCGUCCGGUCCUCAACCUGCACUGGCCCGACCUGGCCGGCUUCCGCCAGCCGCUCGCCGGCGAAUUCGCCGCGCGCCGCAGUCUCCUGAACCAGCUCUCCUUCCCCGUCGGCUACGGCGUCGAGAUCGGCACCCUCAUCGACGCAUACCUCCUCGUCGGGCUACACGCCCUCGCCGAAGUCGACGUCGGGCAGCGCCAAAACGCACACAAAGCGCUCCGCGACCUCACCACCAUGGCGUACACGGUGCUAGCCACAGCGGAGCAACGCAUCUCCCCCAAGCGAUCCUCGUCCGACCGCGCAAUGUACCUCCCCUGGCUAGGCGAGUACCGCGACAACGCGCGCACCGAACGACCACCCCUCCGAGACUACCGUUCCGGACAGUUCAUGUACCCGUCUCCGCCCUUCGUGGCCGUCGAGGGCGUGCGCAUGUUCCGGGAUAUCGGGAGCGAUGAUGCGUCGCCGAUGCGGAGCGGACUGGUCUUCCGCAGUGGGGAUCCAUCCAAGUUGACUCCUGCGGGUCUGCAGACGCUGCUGGAUCUGGGCAUCACGACGAUCUUUGAUCUGAGGAGUCGGAUUGAGAUGACGCAGCAUUUGCAUGGGAAUGGGCAUGCGACCCAUGAGCCGUCGUGUUCGCUGCAUGGGAUGCAUAGGGAGUGGGAGAUUUAUCCCUAUCAGCUGGCCAAGGCGGGGAUCAAGAGGGUCAUUGCCCCUGUCUUCCCGGAUGAUGAAUGGCUCCAGGAGAAGAGGGAUGCCAGGUUGAAGCACUACUCGAAUGCUGCCGAGGGCUACGCCUCCGCCUACCACCACACCCUCCUCUCCGGCGCCUCCCCCUUCCUCCCCAUCCUCCAGCACCUCUCCGCCCCUCCCCCACCCCGAUCCUGAUCCACUGCACCGCCGGAAAAGACCGCACGGGGGUGCUCACCAUGCUGAUCCUGCUCCUGGCGGGCUGCGACGACGACACCAUCGCGGACGAAUACGCCCUCAAUGAUAUCGAUAGUACCCGGUCGUGGGGCAUUCAGGCCACGCAGCGGUUGCUGCUGCAGCCCGGGUUGAGGGGCAAUGUGGAUGCCGUGGAGAAU